GGUGCAUUAUUAAUAUUCACUGUUACUAUCUCUCUUCACUCGAGAAGAUCCAUUUAAUUUACUAAAACCGCGUUAAGCACGAGGGGCAGACAAUGGCACGCAAUCUGAACUUCGUUAAUGUUGCAGAAGUGCUGUACCGUCCUUCAUUCCACGUGAAACGCCAAGGGGAACUCACGACGCUUAUCAGAGUUGUCUCUCGUGCUGUUCCCAAAACUCUUCGCUGUUCGUUCUCCAAAAUACUUGGCGUCGCGAGGAACUUGAACGUGACAAUUUGCGCCGGUACUCGCUUGCAAAACGCAUCGUGUCGAUUAGCAAGGAGAUCCGAGGCGAUAAUGGAGGAGGAGGAGAUCCACGUGCGGGUGGAAGACAACUCGCCCUCGAUAGAGCACAGCUUACGUCCAAUAUCGUACACCUCCUGGCUGCUGGGCGUCGGUGUCGCGCGUCCGCGAAAGUGUCCCAAGGCUGCCACAAUAAUCCUACGUAUCGUUCACCUGGCCGUGUGUUCCGUAAUCGUGGCGUACGGCGCGAUAGACUUCUUCACCUUCGGUAACGUCUUCAAGAGCGACAUAUUCAAGAUCAUGUACUACAUGAACAAGGUGAUGUGCUACGUGUCGGCGUAUUAUUACGUUUGUCACGGGAUCCGGUAUCACGACAAGUGGCCGGAGCUGAUGGACAGAAUGAAAGGGCUGGAUCAGAAGAUCAGGAGGGAGACGCCCAUGAGUGACCGGCCCGUAAAAAUCGUGGAAGCGCUCGCGAUUCUCGCGACGCUCGCCUGUGGACCUUUCUGCCUGAUCGUGCACGCUUUGUAUUAUUACUUUGCACAUCCCGAGGACAUCUUCGCGUCCGACUUGCUGCUCUACUACUCGAUAUCCCAGUCGUUGAUCAACAGCUUCGUCUUUGACGUCGUCGUCUACGCGCUGUACCACAGACUCCAAACGAUAAAUGAACUGAUCAGUCAGCUGGACGAGCUAUUCGGUGCGCCGUGGAUCGCGCUCAAGAUUAGGCGUGUCAGAGAAUUGCACACCGGUAUCUGCGAUCUGGUUAUCAUGGUAAACGACAUUUACGGCUUUCAUCUUCUCCUCUGCUCGGCAAACUGCUUCACCAUGGUCGUGGCUACGUUAUUCAGGAUCUACAUGGGCGUCGUGGAGAAGAACUACGCGUUCAUGCUGAUAAAUAACAUCCUUUGGAUUCUGUACGCCGCGCAGUUCAGUCUGAUGUGCUGGAUUUGCACGCUCGCGCGUCAAGAGUCCGACAGAACCGGGAUAAUUAUAUACGCGAUUGUAUUGAAUUGCAAGUCUGCGAAUCUUGACAAGCUAAACGGCGUAAGAAAUCAGUCGAGUCUGGAAGUGCCGCCGCCGCCGCCGCCGCCGCCGCCGCUGGACGGCGAACAAAAUUCUAAUCGGAGCAGCAGUUACAAUCUCAACUACGUAGUCAUGGAAAAUCUCCUGCGCAAAAACCUGGACCGGGACCGUGUCAGAAACGAGGUCAAUGAUUUUUCGAUUCAGUUGCAACAGCAUCGAGUCGCGUUCACGGCCUGCGAUUUCUUUGAAAUGAACAACGCCCUGCUCAGUGGUUUUGUCGGAGUGAUCACCACUUAUCUGAUAAUCCUCGUACAAUUUUAUCGACCCGAAACUCUAGAUGCGUAA